AUGAUUAAGGCGCAAUAUGUGAUGUUCGCGUUAAUACUUAUGUUGAGUGCAAUGCUUGAAACUGCCUCUAUAACCAAACGAAGCUAUUCCGAUCAAUCUGUAAGAGGAUAUGUUACCGAGAGAACAUGCUGGUGGAAUGAAGUAUGCAAGGAAGAAUUUCAAACACUGUUUCGAUGUAAAUGUCCAUCAUGGUCGUAUUGUCGUAGUCCUGGGCGGUAUUACAACGCAGUAUGCUCAAUGACUGAGACCGGUUACAUUUGGGACCAGCCUAACUCGGAAUGGCGCGGCCAGUAG